AACUAUUAAAAUUGUCACCAUAUGUAACCAUGCUUUAUUUUUUGCCGGUAUAAAUUUUAGAGAUUUUGCGGGAUUAUGGCUAAACUUGAAAAUUUAAGUACCCGCGAAAUACUCUAUAAUAUAAUUAUUCGUGGAAAUUAAUUCCCUCUAAACAUUAAAAGUCGAUAUAUAUUUCAUUUAUUUGAUUAAAUUAUUAUUUGCGAUUUUUUUUAUGAUUUUUUUCCAACUGCGAUAUUGAGUAUCAGAAAAAAAUAAGCGCUUGGCUAUGUUUUUUUACUGCUAAGAAUCUUGCACUUAAUAUUUUUAUGAGCAACUUGGCUUGUUUCUUGGAUUCGUUAAACAGUUGCUUAGAGAAAGACAAAAUCUUUAAACCUAUUUUACCUUUAAUUUGACAUAACGUAAUUUUUAAAUUGCUUAUAUCCAAUACUGCUCAUAUUUAGGUUGCUAGAAAUCAUACAAAUUUUUAGUGCAGUUGCUUUUUAAUUAGCUGCUUAUAAAGAUACGUGUAGAUAAAACAAUUGUGCGUUAUAUUUCUAUAAUUUCUAUAACAAGGGUAAUAAAGUAAACUGAGCUUUUACAGUACUCAGAGUUUCAUGUAUUCACUAUACAAUCCUCAGCUGUAAAAUAAAUUCAACUGAUCUAAAUUCCUAUAAGUAUAACAAAAUUAAUUGAGGCUGUAAAACGUGCAAUAAAAUCAGUAAUUUACAAUAAAAAAAGUGUCAAAAUGUCAUUAUCAGUCUUUUGACUUAUAAUUGGCCAAUAGAUAUUUGUUCAUGUGGCGGCAUUUUGAAACGAUCUCUGACCUUUUGUUUAAAAGUUCGUCUUUAUUUUCGUAACUAAGGAUUUCCAAUUUCUCUUGCAGACAAAGUGGACACGAUUUGCUUUUGUUCGAAUAACUUCUCACACGUUUUACGAUCGACCAGUUUAACUCCGGCGUGAUAUUUUGGUCCUUUAACUGCCAGAUGUAAGUGGACAGCGUGGUACUGUUCAUGUACUUUUUAUUGUUGAAAGAUAAUUUGUGCCCACCAUCAACAGACACCAAACGUAAAAAAAUAAUCGAAACCUUCAAAACGAUCGGAUUCGACAUCGAGAUUCAAACUACCCUAAAAAGAGUAGACUUCCUCGACAUUACACUUGAUUUAGAUUCAGAAACUUUCAAACCCUACAAAAAGCCAAACGAUCAGCUCCAAUACGUCCACAUUUUAUCUAACCAUCCAAAAAAUAUUUUGAAACAACUACCAAUAUCAAUCAACGAUAGGCUUGUCAAAAAUUCGUCAAACGAACAAGUUUUUGACCAAGCCAAACCGGAAUACGAAGAAGCCCUCCGAAAAAGCGGAUACAAAAACCUGAACUUGUCCUUCAAUAAAAAGGAACCCAAUCGGAUAGGCAGAAAUAGGAAACGAAACGUGAUAUGGUUUAACCCACCCUUCAAUAAAAAUGUUGUUAACGACGUCGGGAGAUCCUUUCUGAAACUAAUUAAGAAGCACUUUACAAAAGAAAACAACCUUCAAAAAGUUUUCAAUAAGAAUAACGUUAAAGUCAGCUACAGUUGUACAGAAAACGUCAAGUCCAUCAUUAAUUCACAUAAUAAAAAAGUUUCUUCAAAACAAAUAAUCGAUACACCAACAUGCAAUUGCAGAGUUAAAAGAACGUGCCCUCUACAAGGAAAUUGCAGAGUUCAGUCUGUCAUCUACAAAUGCGAAGUCACCGCUCAAAACCAACCAAAAAAGGCCUACAUCGGGUUAACUGAGAAAGAGUUCAAAGAACGCUACGGUGGGCACAAAUUAUCUUUCAACAAUAAAAAGUACAUGAACAGUACCACGCUGUCCACUUACAUCUGGCAGUUAAAGGACCAAAAUAUCACGCCGGAGUUAAACUGGUCGAUCGUAAAACGUGUGAGAAGUUAUUCGAACAAAAGCAAAUCGUGUCCACUUUGUCUGCAAGAGAAAUUGGAAAUCCUUAGUUACGAAAAUAAAGACGAACUUUUAAACAAAAGGUCGGAGAUCGUUUCAAAAUGCCGCCACAUGAACAAAUAUCUAUUGGCCAAUUAUAAGUCAAAAGACUGAUAAUGACAUUUUGACACUUUUUUUAUUGUAAAUUACUGAUUUUAUUGCACGUUUUACAGCCUCAAUUAAUUUUGUUAUACUUAUAGGAAUUUAGAUCAGUUGAAUUUAUUUUACAGCUGAGGAUUGUAUAGUGAAUACAUGAAACUCUGAGUACUGUAAAAGCUCAGUUUACUUUAUUACCCUUGUUAUAUGGCUCCUGUGAUUUAAUGUUAUAGUCGAGCACUGUUUUGAGGAUAGCAUUACGCAUCUGUAUUGAAUAUAAUUUCUAUAUAUUUGAUUUUUGUUACAUCUUCUGUCACUUUAUUUUUAGGGUCCAUCAAAAACGCCAACUAGUUAUUCUAUCAACAACAACAAAGUAAAUAUACCAAAAA